CGGGGAGGCCCGGGCCGCCUGGGCCUUGGGAGUGGGAGAGGAGUGAGGGAGUGUGUUAUAGGGUGAAAGGAGAGAGAAAAGCAGUUUAGAAGAUAAAUUAUUUAAGGGAGAGCAUGUUGGUGACAGAAGGGAGAGAGGGUAACAGGUGAACAGUCUUUGAGGUGACAGGGUUGUAGGGGUGUUGGUGAUAGAACCUGAAUUGGAGGAUUAUUGGGAGAGACAGAGUGUGGAAGGGUGAUAGGAGGAAAGAAUCUGUGUGUUACACUGGAAUAAAAAGAUAAAGUGAGAAUUUAAAAAAAAAUAAGGGGCACACAUUAAAGUGGGGAAAGUGAAGCAGAAUUAUACAGAAACAGGAUGGUGAUGGGGAAAAUGAACUGAACUGAAGGAAGGGAACGACAAAUAGAGAGGCAGAGCGUGCCAGAGAGAAAAGAGGCAAAAAGAAAGUGCAGGCAAGAGAGAGAGGAGACGAAAAUGACAGAGGCCCCAGAGAAAGAGGUGAACCCAAAGCAAAGAGAGUCGGCACCGCAGAGUGAAGCUCCGAGCGCCGUGAACAGCGAGGAGGAGCUGGUGCAGAUGGAGCCUGAGCUGAACCUGGAUUUUGCAAGUGAAACUAUGAUCCGAAAUGCAAAGGCUUAUUUGCUACAGAAAAGCACCAUAUCUAAUCUCAACCUCUAUGAUCACCUCUGUGAGUUACUGACUAAGGUACUGGACGAGCGGCCCAUCAAUGCUGUGGACAUCAUUGAAGAUAUCAGCAAAAAGAUCAAGAGGUCACAGUUCUCCAAGAAGAUAGACACCCUGCGAGAUGAGUAUGAAACUUCCAUGGCCCACAGUUUAGCGGAUGUUCAGAAAUCUCUCUUUAUCAAGGCAGUGGAGGAGGAAGAGGGAGUGGAUCAUGAGGAAGAAGUGCAGUUAGAGACACCUCUCCCGAACGUGAUGGAAAUGGCCUUUUACUUCGAGCAGGCAGGAGUGGGUCUCAGCAGAGACGAGCUGUAUCGCAUCUUCCUGGCACUGAAGCAACUAGUGGACACACAACCGCUGCAGAAAUGCCGGUUCUGGGGGAAAAUCUUGGGACUCAAAGGGAAUUACAUCAUAGCAGAGGUGGAGUUCCGGGAAGGGGAGGAAGACAUAGAGGAAGCAGCAGAAGAGGAGAAAGAAGAGGAAAAGGAAGAGGAGAAGGAGGAUGCUGAGCAAGACGCUGAGGAAGAGGGGGAGGUGGUAGAAGACAAGCCACCAGCAUCAACGUAUAAACCACCACCAGUCAUUCCAAAGGAGGGAAAUCGCUCUGGCACCAACAAGUAUACCUAUUUUGUUUGUAGUGAGCCAGCCAAGGUUUGGACCAAACUACCCCCAGUUACACCAGCACAGAUCACAGUAGCCAGGAAGAUUAAGAAAUUUUUUACUGGCAACUUGGAUGCUCCGGUCAUCAGUUACCCGCCCUUUCCAGGGAACGAGAUUAACUACUUGAGGGCGCAGAUUGCUCGGAUAUCUGCCGGCACUCAGAUCAGCCCACUGGGAUUCUAUCAGUUUGGAGAAGAGGAGGAGGAGGAGGAGGAAGGGCCAGUGAGGGAGAACUACGAGGAGAAUGCAGAAUUUGAAGGCAUUCCAGUCUCAGAGCUCUUGGACAACCUGGCGAACUGGGUCCAUCACACACAGCACAUCCUCCCACAGGGCCGAUGUGUUUGGUUCAAUGCUGUUCAGAAAAAGGAGGAGGAGUUUGAGGAGGAGGAGGAGGAAGAGGAAGAGGCACCAGAUGAGCCUGAGCCGGAGGUGGGACCUCCCCUCCUUACUCCAUUGUCAGAGGAUGCAGAAGUCAAUGGUGUCCCUCCUUGGACAAUGAAGGCUUCAUCCAAUCUGAUUCCUCAAUAUGCUGUUGCCGUGGUCCGGUCCAAUCUCUGGCCAGGAGCAUGGACCUUUGCGAUUGGAAAGAAGUUUGAGAACAUUUACUUGGGCUGGGGCCACAAGUACGGUCCAGAGAACUACAGCCCGCCCGCAGCUCCCCCGGUGCAGGCGGAGUACGCCAGCGGCCCCGACACCACUGAGGUGGAUGACCCGACGGUGGAGGAGGAGCAGGCGCUACGCGCUGCGAUCGAGGAGCGGCUGGCGGCGGCAGAGGAGGCAGAAGAAGAGGAGGAGGAGGAGGAGGAGGAGGAGGAGGACGAGAACUGAGCUACAAGGAAUUUUCCUACAAAUAUUAGGACUUUUAGCUUUGUUUUUUUAAUAUUAAAUGGAAAUUAUUCUAUUUGCCCAGGACAAAUGUUUCACCCGCAAUUAACUAAAUCUGUAAAUGAUUUGUUCUUUAAAAAUAGUGGAUAAUAAAGGUUCUUACUUGUGAAGGGAAAUGAAAGGUCAUCGAGCGAAGACAUUGACUCUGCUUCUCUCGCCGUUGGUGUUGCCUUACCUGGUGAGUGUUCCCGGCAUCUGAAGUAUUUGGCCUUGGUUAACGUUUCUUUUGUCUUGGGAUUGAACGAUGGAAAAGCAGCGAGGCUAAAGUGGGAGGGAGAGCCUGGGGUGUGAGGGGAUGGGAAGGGAGGGAGAGGGAAUGGCUGUAGUGAAGGGGAGAGAAGGAGCAAACAGAG